UCAAUAAAGCCAUCCUCCACUUGCUCUUCCCAAAUUCCAGAGCGUUUCUUUCCCUCUAUUGAUCACCAAAACCCAUUUAAUUAAUUUAAAUCUAAGUUAAAUUUCUUGAUCGAAGAAUAGGUGAAUUAAAACUGUCCAGAAAUGAAGAUCCAGUGCGACGUGUGCCAGACAGACGAGGCUUCCGUUUUCUGCGCUGCCGACGAUGCCGCCCUCUGCGGCGGCUGCGACCGCCGCGUCCACCACGCCAACAAGCUCGCCGUCAAGCACCGCCGCUUCUCCCUCCACCGCGCCGCCUCCCCCAUCUGCGACAUCUGUCAGGAGAAAAAGGGUUUCUUAUUCUGCCAUCAAGACAGGGCCAUUCUGUGCAGACAAUGCGAUUCUUCGAUCCACGCAGCCAAUGAGCUCACGCAGAAGCACACGAGAUUCCUUCUUACAGGUCAAACGCUGUCCGAAAAUCCCACAGUUAAUUAUUCUUCUUCCUCCUCCUCCUCCUCUACUUCACCGGAAAAGCCCUCUCCGGCGGCCGACAGCUCAUUGUCGUCGAGCAGAAUUUCCGACUACUUCAUACAAACAUUACCCGGAUGGCAUUUUGACGAGUUUCUUGAUUCCAGCUUCGAUCCAUUUUCGACUUAUAAUUGCAAUGAUUCUUACCAGAGUGGAGGGACUGAAGUGGGCCUGCCAUUCUUGGACGAACACGAUCUUGGUCAUGGUGGUGAUCUUGACAGCGGCAACAACAAUAAUAGUACGAGGAGUGGCUUCCCGAUUGGGCAAAUGGAGCUGUGGGUCCCGCAAGCUCCCCAACCUCCAUUACAAUAUGAUCAUCAGCAGCACCAGCUGCUUACAAUGCAACAAACACCACAAGCACAAUUACUGUACGAGGAUGGAUAUCAUCAAUUAUCAGCACCAAUUAGCUAGGGCUCAAGAAAUCAGCUCCUUAGCUGUUCCAGAUAUGAUCCCACGACAUUCAAGCACUAUUGCUGCCUUCAAGAGAUUAAAAAGAACACCAACUUUGUCCUGACUUAGAGACAUCAUCGAUCAUGAUCAUCUACGUCCAUUCGAAAAAAUAUGAUUCUAAGAGUCAUUUAGAUAGAAGUUUUUGGAGGUUGCAGGAAGUUGGAACUUAGAAGAAUAAUAAAAUAAAUAGGAUUAAAGGUAUUAAUGUAAUAUUUUUUUUAGAAAAUUGUCAUUGAUAAAUAAUGUCAAAAGUUUGGAAAAGAUUGAUUAUAAUACUGAGGCAAAUCAACAUAGUACUUAAUUA